GUCUGCAACAAAGUUUGAACGAAGUAACGAAAUCCUGAACUUGUAAACUAGAGAUUUUUUUGAAUCAAAAGCUUAAUUUUGAAUGUCUUCUUCUUUCACAGUUCAAUGUUCUUUGCUAACUUCCUGCGGUUUACAUCAUCAUGAUCAGACUCCAUCUACAAAAGCUGCAAACUUUGCUCAAAUUCCUUCGUGGGUCUCUCUCAAAUUCACCGCUCCUUCGAUCAAUACCCGCCAAAUAGAAAGUGGUCAAGUCGAAAAUGUGCACUUGGUUUCUCUAUCUAAGCAAGGGAAGCUCAAAGAAGCUCGUGACUUUCUCAAGCACAUGAACGAAGCAGGUGUCUCCGUCAGUCCUCAAUCUUAUAAAUGCCUCUUUGAAAAAUGUGGAUUAAUGGGUUCCUUAUCAGAUGGAAAACUUGUGCACGAUUGGUUGCGAAAAACAAUUAAGAGCCCACCUGAAUUUCUUGAGAAUGAUGCUCUUCAGAUGUAUUGCGAUUGUGGGAGUUUAUCAGAUGCACAGAAAAUGUUUGAUGAGAUGCUUCACAAGAAUUUGGUUUCUUGGGUUAUAAUUAUAUCCGCUUAUGCGCAAAAGGGUAUUUUGAAGAGAGCUAUUUUGAUGUUUUCGCAUAUGCUAGAGUCUGGGAUUAGACCGAACUCGUCUAUUUUUACGAGCCUCUUAAAGUCCUUGACUGAGCAUUCGCUUUUAGAGCUUGGCAAACAGAUACAUUCUUAUGUGAUAAGAACAGGGAUGAAUAGUAAUGUUUCGAUUGACACGUCAAUUGCAAACAUGUAUGUAAAGUGUGGAUGGUUAGAGGGUGCUAAGCUUGUUUUUGAUAGGAUGGCUGACAAGAAUGCUGUGGUUUGGACUGGGUUGAUGGUGGGCUAUACUGAAGAUGAGAAACUGGAGGAGGUUCUAGAAUUGUUUGCUGAGAUGGUUAGGAAAAGUGUAGAAGUGGAUGACUUUGUGUUUUCGAUAAUUCUUAAGGCAUGUGCUGGUUUGGAGGACCUGAUUAUGGGAAAGCAAAUCCAUGGUUAUAGUGUUAAACUUGGGUUGGAUUCUGAGGUUUCUGUAGGAACACCUCUAGUGGACUUCUAUGUCAAAUGUGCAAACUUUGAAUCUGCUUGCCGAGCGUUUGAGAGAAUACAUGAACCAAAUGAUGUUUCAUGGAGUGCUAUAAUCUCAGGCUACUGCCAGAGUGGGAAAUUUGAGGAGUGUGUCAAGAUUUUUCAGUCUUUAAUUUGUAAAGGUGUUACUUUAAAUUCAUUCGUAUAUACGAGCAUUUUUCAAGCAUGCUCUGCAAUUGCAGAUGUAAAUUUAGGCACUCAAGUUCAUGCUGAUGCGAUAAAAAGAGGGCUCGUUGCAUUGUUGCAUGGAGCAAGUGCAAUGAUUACGAUGUACUCAAAAUGUGGCAGAUUGGACUAUGCCUAUCGAGCAUUUGAAUCGAUAGGUAAACCUGAUACUGUGGCCUGGACUUCUAUAAUUAGCGGUUAUGCUUAUCAUGGCAAUGCCUCUGAAGCUCUUAGGCUUUUCCAUAGAAUGCAGGAUUCUGGUGUAAGGCCAAAUUCAGUAACGUUUAUAGCAGUUUUAACUGCUUGCAGCCAUUCAGGUUUGGUCACAGAAGGAAAGCAGUAUUUGGAUUCAAUGAGCUGUGUAUAUGAUGUAGAACCAACCAUCGAUCAUUACGAUUGUAUGAUUGAUGUAUACUCUCGUGCUGGGCUACUACAAGAGGCACUUGAACUGAUAAAGAGUAUGCCGUUUGAACCCGAUGCAAUGAGCUGGAAAAGUUUAUUGGGGGGAUGUUGGAUACAUCGAAAUCUGGAGCUUGGGAAGUUUGCAGCUGAGAACCUCCUCCAGCUGGACCCAGAGGACACUGCUAGUUACAUAAUCAUGUUUAAUUUGCAUGCUUCAUCUGGAAAAUGGGAAGAAGCUGCAGUUUUUAGAAGAAUGAUGGCUGAAAGGGACUUGAGAAAAGAAAUAGGAUGCAGCUGGAUCACUGUCAAGGGGGAAAAGCACCGGUUUAUAGUGGGUGAUCAACACCAUCCUCAAAUAGAGCAAAUAUACUCAAAACUGAAGGAGCUGAGCAUUUCUUUCAGGGAGGCUGAAGAUUCCCUUCUAACUGAAGAGGAUGUAUUGAAUGGUUUUCCUGAGAGGAAAGAACAGCUUCUUGAGCAUAGUGAGAGACUUGCUAUAGCUUUUGGGCUCAUAUCCACACCAAGUAAUGUCCCAAUUGUGGUUUUCAAGAACAUCAGGGCCUGCAAAGAUUGCCAUGAAUUUGCAAAACAUGUUUCUGUGGUAACAGGGCGUGCAAUUGUUGUGAGAGAUUCUAGUAGAUUUCAUAACUUUGAGUUGGGGGAGUGUUCUUGUAGAGAUUAUUGGUAACUUCUGCAAUCUCACUGCCCAAUGGAGAUUUGGGCAUGGCACUUUUUUUCUGGAAGCCUAGGCCACAAGUGGGGCUGGUCUUCCUCUAGCCACCAUUGCAUGUGAGUGCACACGUGUCUGUGUAUGACAAGCUUGGUUACUUACUGCUUCUUGCCAUGUGUCUCUUUCUGGUUGCUGCUGCCUGAUGCAUCAAGAGGAAGCUCAAGUCACCUCCAACUUCCAAGUGCAUGGGGACGAACAGAAGCGAUACCCAAUAAUACGGAGGAUUGGUGCAGUCGGUGGUGAUAAUAGUAGUUAUUUUUUACUGCCUCUUGCAAUAAUUUAGUGGGGGCUAAAGUGACAAUAUGUGUGUUGAUUCUGUUGACACGUUUUUGUACGAGAAUCUCAAGAUUUUGUGUGAAGAAAUCACGGGCAAAGCAAGCGCAGCAAGAGAUAUUAUUUCUUUCUGCUUUUUUUAGUGGGUC